GGAAUCUCGGUCUCGUCAGCGUACGCCGGCAACGACUGAAUACGUCCUCAAUCAAUUGAUCAAUCGAAUUUCCCUAGAUAUGGCCUGCGAGGCAAGACAAGGCAAGGCAGGCUUGACCGCCGACGAAAACUACCACCCUCUUCCCCCCUCCCGCCGAUGGUCCGGGCCCGAGGAUGCCACCAGCCAGCCAGCCCUAGUGGCACGGCUAGUACGGAGCCUACAGGGUCUAGGAACGAAGGAACCGCAUGCACGACACGAGCUCGAUCGGAGUGGCCCACCUAAUAAGGCUUGCGCGACGCGGGCGAUAAUGUACGUAGCCUAGGGCUGUUGUGUUCGCGUGCUGUCCCGCUGCCUUAAAUAACCAAGGCAGUUAAUAAUUAGUUCCCUGUGCCCGGGCCCGGAGCUUCGGGGCGACGAGGGGAACGGUGGACGGGCGGCCACAUUGGCGCUUGGGUAUUUACUACCUACUUAAGUAGGUAGACUAUUAGUCUACAUUGAAUGCAACGCCUGCAAUCCCGGGAGUCUCUGCUGCCGAAGACGGACAAUCAAGCCACACAUUGUGCUCGGACUCUCUCUUUUCUCUCUCUCGUAUGUCGAAGGCGAGUUCGUGGAUUGUGGGGUGUGAUGGUGUGUUUCUCAAUCCUGGACUUGCAUAUAGCAGUCUGUCGGCACUGCUGUGGGCACAGGCCUUUCUGUCUACGGUCGCGAUGAUAUUGCGAUUUGAUGCAGCUGGUUGCUUGCCAUUGCGUCGACAUUGGGCACGAUAUGUCCUUUGAAUGAACACAACCUCUCUCUCACCCGGGGGUCCGGACCAGGGACAGGCCUAUUGCGGGACGCGUGCGCUGUCUGCCCGCUGCCCGCAUGGUUCAUCCCACCUGUGCCCGCAUGCUCUUGCAUGAGCACCCCCGUCCGGCCGAUGGAAUCAGAGCUCGCUCCUCUGGGCCCGUUCCCGCUGGGGUCUUGUGUGAUGAUCGCCAUCGCAGCCCGCCCAACUCGUUCUCGGGACCCAUAAUAAGCUCCAGCUGGGGCGGUAGAUGAGUUUCUUGGUACGAUGCCAGGCUGCAUUGGCAAGGGCUAAAGUGACCUGGCUGUCCACUGAUGCGCCAGCGGUAUAGAAGCAAAAGUCAACGGAACCUGCCUCCGCGACCGUCCGUGCCGGUUGUGACUUGUCCCUGAUACAACCACCGUCGCUACGGCGUCGAGACAAGACUCAGCACUCCCGACUGGGGGUGGAGAUGACGGCGAGAUAAUAGAUUAUGUGCUAAUGCAGCCUCUCACCUGCUGAUGUCGUACUUCACUCCCGUGCUCAUCAUCCUUGGUGCCGGUGGGCCCGCCAUCUCGUAAUCACAUCCCUCCGAUCCGGGAACAAAUGGCAGUCAGGUAAAUAGAAAGAGGAGUAAAGCGGUUGACCUUUCCAGUCUUCUUGAUAUAGGCCGAGACUUGCACCAAGUCUUGUAAGAUUGUGUUUUGUUGUGACCAGGUGCGAACAUCCAAGCCAUGCGACUUACACCGAUCACCGCCCUUCUCGGCGUCGGCGCCAGCCUGCUUGGCCAGCACGUCGCGGCCCGGCCCUCUGAUGGCUGCGAGACGAAUCAUGCAGUCGCGCUUGAGCAGACGUACAACGUCUCGAUAGGCGACCGUCGCUACCUGCUCUGGUUUCCGGCCAACUAUGUGCCGACCAGACCGGCGCCGCUGAUACUCUCGUACCACGGCGGCACUCGCGUCGCCGAGGAGCAGCAGAGGUUGGACCUCUUGAGCACGGGGUACUUUAACCAGGACUAUAUCGUGGUAUAUCCCAACGGUUUCAAUAAAACGUGGGAGGGUAUACCAGACGUCGAAACCGACGACGUCGACUUCACCAACUCGAUCCUGGACGAGCUCGAAGCACAGUACUGCAUCGACACGGAGCGGGUCUACGCGACGGGUAAGUCCCAGGGCGGCGGCUUCGUGGGGGUGCUGGCGUGCGACGAGGAGAUGUCGCAGCGCAUCGCGGCGUUCGCGCCGGUCUCGGGGGCGUUUUACAUUUCCGAAUUUGGGGACGUGUGCGAGCCGGAGACGGUGCCCAUCUCGCCGUGCUCGCCGGGGCGGGACGACGUGCCGGUGCUGGUGUUCCACGGGCUGGUGGACGACACCAUCGCGUACUACGGCGGGCCGAGGAAGGGGGGCUGCCUGCCUUCCAUCCCGUACUGGACGCGGACGUGGGCCGGGAGGGACGGCCUCGGCGCGGAGAACGAGACGUCGGCGGUGCCGGGGGCGCUGGAGGGCAGCACGGCGGUCCGGUACGAGUUUGGCGAGGGGGCCCAGAAGGGUCUCGUCACCCACAUCAUGGACGGGACGGUGAGUAGAAACUCGGAGGAGGCCUCGGGGGGCGGCGAUGCUGACUGUGGAUGCUCCGACGACAGGACAUCGGGCACGACUGGCCGAGCACGGCUCCCAAUAGCGACAACUCGCAGGAGGGGCGGCACCCAGCCUCGUUCAACGCCUCGGAGUUGAUCCUCGACUUCUUUGCGGCGCACCCUCUCCCGCCCGAGUGGGCAGACAACUAGGCAGUCUGACACACAUGACAGUCUGCCCGUCUGCCCGGGCCCGGGACUAGGCAGGCGGCUUCUGGCACUGCCUGGCGGCGCCAAGCCGGGAUAGUCGUAAUGCGCCCGGGGGGUUUUGUCUUCCCUGGCGAUCUUUCAGCUGGACAUGUUCCUGUGCGAGUCGUCAGCAUUUUCUUGUCGGCGGGGUUCAAAAGUGUCCGAGUGUCUGGUGGAUACGGCUGGCCGCGGUGGAGGCUCAUCUGCCGACGUGCAUGUGAAGGGAGGCCAAGCAGGCUCCAUCUUGGAGAAGCUGCAGAUGACCACAAUUGGUGAGUGAGACAACGUGGUCGAAGACAGGAAAGAGACACACACCUGACUGGUUCUUUUGUUGUUGUUUUUUGUUGUUAUCUCUUGCGAUCGAGGGAACUGCACCUCCUGAACAUUUGUAUAUACUAUACAGCAUGUGGUCAGGUCCUAAGUUUACGCGCAGACCUAUGAAACUCGUGCGCUGCUAUGACAA